AUGAAAAUUGGUAGCAUCGAAUUAUCUCAUAAUUCAAAGCUGGAUCAAAGUUCAUUAGAAUAUGACAUUGUUGUAGAAUGGCUAAAAACACAAAUAAAUCAACCUGAAAUCUAUUAUUAA